ACAAAUGAUCACUUUAGUGUCCAUGAAAAUGUACAAAUUUUUAUGCACGGUGGACCAUAAGUCUAAGUCAAACAUAUGAACAAUCCUUACAACACCAAUUUUUACUCGCAACCGCUUAUCAAGGAAUCUACCAACAAAACACCGGCGAGGCAAAGACCUCUCAGAGCAGCAAUCAAAUCGAGCAGUAAUGGGAGAAGAACGAGAUCCACAGAAGUUGAAGAAGAUAGCGGCAGCUGCUUACGACUAUGAUAACGAUUCUAGAUGGGCUGACUACUGGUCCAAUGUCCUCAUCCCUCCUCACAUGGCUUCUCGCUCCGAUGAUGUUGUCAACCACUUUAAACGCAAAUUCUACCAGCGAUACAUCGAUCCUGAUUUUGUUGUGGAACCAAUGACUACAAAUACUACCUCACAGCCUGCAAGAUCAUCAACAUCAUCAUCACCAUCACCACCAUCAUCAUCAUCAUCAUCAUCAUCAUCUGCACCUCGCAGCUCAGGGUCAACCACAAGAACAACUACAGGGACACCACCUCCAAGUUCAACUCCUUUGCGUUGGGAUAGACAAACAAUCCAGUUUUCUGUCAAUGCAUGGGUGUUUGUUGUAGCUGUGCUUGCUAUGUUUCCACUGAUACCUAAAAGCCUUUCAAAUAGGGCUUAUCGCCUUUCAUUCAUGGGAACUGCAUGUUCUUCUUUGUAUUCUCUCUACUCUCUCUAUGGGAAACCUAGGGCAUGGAAUUUACAGGAAGUGCAAGUGUGGCUUCAAUCAGUAAUUUCAACUAAAGAUUUUAUCUUUUUUAUUUACUGCCUCACUUUUGUCACUUCAAAUCUUCACCUUACAUUUGCUUUGUUGCCUAUUGGAUGUCGAGCUUUGGAACAUUCUGCAAAAUUCAUUAGGCGUAAUUUUAGUCGUUCGUCUUUUUACAGGAAGUAUUUUGAAGAGGCUUGUGUGUGGGUGGAAUCAAACACAACAACACUCAGCAUACUCUCUUCACAAGCCGAGAUUGGAAUCGGGUUCCUUUUGAUCAUCUCUCUCCUAUCGUGGCAGCGUAACAUCAUACAAACAUUCAUGUAUUGGCAGCUGUUGAAGCUGAUGUAUCAUGCGCCAGUGACGGCUGGUUACCAUCAAAGUGUGUGGUCUAAAAUAGGGAGGACGGUCAACCCUCUUAUUCAUCGAUAUGCACCGUUUCUAAACACUCCAAUUUCUACCAUACAACGAUGGUGGUUUAGGUGAAUGUUUUUGUAUGGGAAGUUUAACACAUAUACAGAGAAUAAUAAGGAUUUUCAUAUAUAAUGGAACAAAAUAUAUACUAUUAUGUAAUAUGAAAACCUUUAACUGGAGGAUUUUAUAAGUUGAGAUUUUGUGUUGGAUCAGUUGAUUCA